AUGUCUUUCCGGUCUGAGGAGGAUCUCACCUGUCCGGUCUGUCAGGACAUCUUUAAGGGUCCUGUUGUCCUCACAUGCAGCCACAGCUUCUGUAAAGCCUGUCUGCAGAGCUGGUGGCGAGAGAAGCUGAUCCAGGAAUGUCCACUUUGUAAGAGAAGAUCCUCGAGGGCGGAGCCGCCAUGCAACCUGGCGUUAAAGAAUCUGUGCGAGUCCUUCGUGUUGGAGCAAGAACAGAGAGCCUCAGAGGGAUCUGAGGCUCUCUGCAGUCUGCACUCCGAGAAACUGAAACUCUUCUGUCUGGACCAUCAGCAGCCGGUGUGUCUGAUCUGUCGGGAUUCAAAAACACACACCGGUCACAGAUUUAGACCUCUGCACGAGCUGGCUCUAGAUCACAGGAAGGAGCUGCAGAAAUCUCUGAAGCCUCUAAAGGAAAAACUGAAGAUCUUUGAACAGGUGAGAGGAAACUGUGAUGAAACAGCAGCUCACAUUAAAGUCCAGGCCAGGAACACAGAGAGGAAGAUUAGGGAGCAGUUCAAGAAGCUUCAGCAGUUUCUACAGGAGGAAGAGGAGGCCAGGAUCUCUGCUCUGAGGGAGGAAGAGGAGCAGAAGAGUCAGGUGAUGUGGGAGAAGACUGAAGCUCUACACAGAGAGAUAGCAGGUCUUUCAGAAACCAUCAGAGUCACAGAGGAGGAGAUGAGAACUGAAGACCUCUCAUUCCUGCAGAACUACAAGGCUGCACUGAAAAGAGUCGAGGAGCGCCCCCUGCUGGAGGAUCCAGAGCUGGUCUCAGGAGCUCUUAUAGACGAGGCCAAACACCUGGGUAACCUGAGCUUCAACAUCUGGACCAAGAUGAAGGACAUGGUCUCCUACAGUCCUGUGAUUCUGGAUCCAAACACUGCAAACCCAGAAUUCAUCCUGUCUGAAGAUCUGACCAGCGUGAGUCAUGGAGAGAGACGGAGGCUCCCAGAAAACCCGGAGAGGAACGACUAUCACCGCUCCGUCUGGGGCUCCAAGAGCUUCAGCUCAGGGACUCACUACGUGGACUUUGAGGUGGGAGAUAAUCCGGCCUGGUUUGUUGGUUUGGCUGCAAAGUUCACACAGAAAAAGGGGCGGGUGAAAUCUGGUUUCUGGCAAAUCGAGUUCUAUGGAGGGAAAUACAGCGCACGUUUGCUCGGCGCUCCACCGAUGGUUCUCCGAGUGAAGAAGAAACUCCAGAAAAUCCGAGUUCUCUUAGACUGGAACCGAGGAAAACUGCUGUUCUAUGACCCCGAUACAAACACACACAUACACACCUUCACACACACUUUCACUCACAAACUGUUCCCAUGCAUCGGCACCUUAAAUCAACCCCCACUGAAGAUAUUAGAGAGCAAGAUCUGCGUAACAACAGAGUAGAUCUGUUGUUGCACAGAUCUGCUAAACCAGGAGACAGAUCUGGGCUAAACUACCUCAGUAGUCCGAUAGGGGAGACCGGGGCUUGUUUUCACACUUUUUACACUCUUAGAUAUUUCUUGGAAUCAAAACAUCAUAUAUAAACAAAAUGUGAACCAGAUGAAAGACCACCAUGUCAGGGAUAUAUUUCAUAGUCAUGUCAUUUUCAUAUCUUGUGUCAGUGCAGAGUUAUAAACAAUCAAAUAGAGAGUGUGAUCAUGUGACAUGUUGCCUCACCAUUGGAUAAGUUGUCUCUCUACAUGGGGUAAGAUGUAGCAGUGGAUUUUGCAGCUGAUAAAACAAGGAUAAAUUUAUUGUUGUUCUCAUUUUUUUACUUGAAAGUGAACAUCAAAGUCAGGAACAGAAAGUGUUUAUCAUUGCGCUAGUGAAAGUCAUUGAACAAACAUUAACAUAGAAUAUCAUGCAACAUGCUCUGGAGUUCGGAGAGCUGUCUGACUCUGUAUUUCAGCUGGGGUGAAUGUUUUGAAAGGUUUGGUAGUUGACAUUAAAGUCCUUUAUUGUACUCCAGAUGGAUUUAUUAGCUAGGGUCACCUGCCUGACUGUCCUCAGCAUCACGUCAGGUACUGCACUGCCUUGCUCUGUUUUUCGUUUGUAAUUCCUGACCAUGUCUUCUCGCUUUCUCCUCUCCUUUAAACCACUCUUUUGUCCUUAAAAACGGUCAAAAUUUCAAUAUGACAUCUGCUGAUAAGCAGAAUAUGUUGAUUUUUAUCCCUUUUAAACAUGUGACAACUCACUCCAAAAUGACUGAGACAUGUCGCCCCGAACUACCAUGUUUGUUAAUUCGAGCUCUAGAUUAAAGUUAGUUUAAAACAGAACAGGAUGCCUUAAUCUCUCCUUUAACAAGUCCACAUGUAUCACUGCUGGGAUUUUUAUCUGGAAGAAGCUUUUUUUAAAAUAUAUCAAGUUAUUUUUUUCUAAUUUGGGUUGUGUAAAAUGGUUAAUUAGUGCUCAUCUCAGCUCACAAUGUGCUCUUUCUUCUCAGACAGGACAGGACCCCUGACCAUGUAAAGGAAGAAAACUAGUAUUUCACUUUUUAGUUACACCCUCUGGUGGGAAAGAUAAUUGCAGUGUGACAACUUACCCAUGUGACAACAAGCCCUGGUCUCCCCUACUUGUGUAAUUUGCAGAGAGCACAGAUGUUGUUGCAUCAUAUGACCACAUGAUGGUGCACCAAACUGUCUGUUUUGUUCCUCAGAGCCUUCAGUGCAAAAGUCUCCAAUUAAAAUGUGACGCUGACAUAUCCCAGUCUGUUUUCUGAAUGAGAGAAAUAUGUGUGUGUGUGUGUGUGUGUGAGAGAGAGAGAGAGAGAGAGAGAGAGAGAGAGAGAGAGAGAGAGAGAGAGAGAGAGAGAGAGAGAGAGAGAGAAAGGGGACAAAAAGAAAAAAUAAAUAACAUGAAAAAGUUGUUCUUAAGAUGAAAAGGCAAGAAUAUUAAAAUCUGAUGAAAGAAAAGCUUUCUAGUCUAUUUCAUAUUUCUAUUUCUAUUUUAUUCUCAUUUUCCUAAACUUCUGAUUAUUUUAUUUUUCAUCCAAACUCAAAGACUAUAAAUGUCAUUAAACUUUUGGCUUGUGCUGAUGUUGAAUUUGUUCAACAAUUAUUGGAGCAGACUUUUAAGUGUGAUCAUGAAGCGGUAACUGACUUAAAACAUUAAAAAAAAAAACAUAUUUUAGUGGUUUUAUUAACUCUGUAAAAAAGACAGAAUUUAACUUUCACGUAACCAGGCUGAGGUCAAGAUCCUUAUCACAGGAGGUCAGCAGCACUCGUCUGAAUCUGAAUAAAUAUAUUUUAAAUUUUAAGAUCUGAAUCUAAGAAGAAAAUCCAGAUCAACAAAACAGUCUGCAAACAGGUUUCAGUAAAACUGAUCCCAGAUCAGAUAAAUCAUGUUUUUUCAUGACAGGAGUUUCAUUUCCUGCUGAUUUUGUGCAUGCAUGUGUGUGUGUGUUUGUGUCGUCAGUGUGUGUGUGUUAAAAAUGUGUCAGUAAAAUAAGGAGCUUCUGUUUCUUCACCAAAAGAGGAAACUCAGUCCUGAACUCAGUCCUGUAGCUCCAAAUCCUUGCUGGUGUGAACAAACUCGACCGGUGAGUAAAAUAUUUGAUCUUGAUCUUGAUCUUUUGAUAACACUAUAACAGAUUUACAUUUAUGUGAUAAUUCUUCAUCAUUUUUGUAAACCAGCUCAACUUAGCUCUCCCGUAAUAAGACAAAUAACUAGGUGUGAAUCAGUGUGGUGAAAAAAAAUCUUUUUCCUGCAAAAAUCUGUUUAUUUUUAUUUCAUUUUAUGGGAAAAAAACUUGGAGAGACUUGAAUUUUGCCGCUAAUUGGCUUGAACUCAUUCAGUUCACAUAAGUUUUUUUAUAUUUAGUUAUUAAUGCAGUUUUAGAAUAAACUUAAAAACAGUGCUGCAACCUUAAAAUUCAUAACUAACCUGCUGAAAUUUCCCAUAUACAUAUUUUAUAGACUUUAUUAUAGAUGACUCACUACCAGAACCAGCAUUUAAAAUGAGUAAAUGCCAACAUUUGUUCAGCAUUGAUGAAGUUUAGGGUUUUUAAUUGUUUUAUCUUAGUUUACAGUUUAGUUUUAAUUUACAGAGAAAUUCUCCAUCCCUAAAUUUACAGCUCUACCAUAUAUUUUCAAGCACUUUCACACCAUUAGACAAUAAUCAUGCUGGAAAAAUGCUGUUAGUACAAAAAAAUGGGUCAUGAAGAAGUAACUCGCUCUCAGAUACCAGAAUUAACAUGAAAAGUAUCACAAAUGUGUCAUUUAGGAUUUUACUUUUUUCUGCUUAUAGCCCGAUAUUUCAAUAUUACAAUCAUUUUUAAUUUUCCAUGAAAUUUUUACUUAUAUUCUUUUAGCUGGAACUCCUGAAUUUCACCUGCUGAUAAAUGAAGACGCUGUUGUGUUGAGCGUCUUUGUGUUUUUACUUAAUCGUUAUUUUUCUCCUAAUAUCUGAGACAGUGUUUGGACCAUGGGAGGUUUCUAUUGGCUGGCAGUUCUGAUGGGCGUGGCCUCUCUUUUGAUCACAGUCCAAUGUGACGUUGGCUGCAAAGGAGCCAACGGACAAUCAGGAGUUAACGGCGCCCCGGGCAGAAAUGGACAAACAGGAGCAAAGGGGGAGAAAGGAGAGCCAGGUAAGAGACGCCAAAUCUUUCACGUACAUAAAGUUGGUCACGCCGCCCCCCCCUAGUGGCCAUGAAUAUAACCAGCAGAUUUCAUGUUGGAUCUUUUUGUCUGCAGCUGUGAUGGUGGAUGGGCCGGUGGAUGCAGCCGUCCUGAUGAGGCUGAAGGGGGACGCUGGGAGUCGAGGUUUGCAAGGGGCCAUGGGUCCUAAAGGCUACUCUGGAGAAGUGGGAGCACCUGGUCAACCUGGAAAAUCAGGUCCCCCUGGGCCCCAUGGGAGGAACCUUGGCCAUGGUAAUGCCUCGACCUCUGACCCCAUAAACCUCGGUGUAAACACCAAGUUUAACUAUUACAAUAUUCCUCAUUAUGAGUUUAGAUGUAUGAACCUGGACUGACUGUUUUUUAUUGGAGCUGUAGUGUGAAAACAGUGAGUCCUUUAUCCAGUCAGCACAGUCAUGACUCGAUCCAAACUAGAUGCCAAAUAAACAAAUACUAGUUUGGCUGCUCUAAUGUAGGAUUUUGCCUUUAUUUCUCUGUAAAUUGUGUCCAUAGUAUAAAAGUGUGUGUGUGUGUGUGUGUGUGUGUGUGUGUGUGUGUGUGUGUGUGUGUGUGUGUGUGUGUGUGUGUGUGUGUGUGUGUGUGUGUUUGCAGGAGGUCAGGUUGUUCAGCAAGCACAUUCAGCGUUCUCGGUGAAACGGACUGAGAGAAGCUACCCUCCAUAUGGCCAGGUUCAGUCUGUCCUCCAUCUUUUUGAAGGAAUUACAAAGAAACUGUUUUUUUUGUGUGUGUAAAUGUGUGUAAAUGUGUCUGUUUGUGUUUGUCAGGUAAUCACCUAUGAGGAAACUCUGGUCAAUAAACCAGGUGACUUUGAUAUUAAUUCUGGUGAGUUCAUCUGCAAAACUCCUGGAGUUUACUACUUCAACUUCCACUCGAUGGCCAAGGUAACACCGGGACUGAUUUCCUGCAACUGCAGCUCCUCAUUAUGAUCCUAAAUGCUGAUUAAACUCUUAAAUAUAUAUCACACCUGUUGGCAUUUCCUGAUAUUUUGCUCAUUUUUUUGCUCGUCUCAGGUCAGCAUGUGUCUGUAUAUAGCCAGUAAUGCUCUGGACAACAAGAUGGGAUUCUGUAACUACAUCAGGAGCAAUGAUCAGGUCAGUGCUGAGUCCAGACUGUGGAUCAGAUUCAUGAAUUCAAGUUACUGCUCAUGGAGCCUGAUAAUGACCUCCAAAGAAAAACACUUAUUACCAUGUCAUGCGAAACAACAGGACUUUUCACAGACACACACACUCCACGUCUUAUUGUCUGUGUCGUGUUCCAGAUUUUGUCAGGCGGCGUGGUCCUGCAGCUGGAGGCCAAUCAGAAGGUUUGGUUGGAGUCCUUUAAGGACGGGCAGUCAGCUGCUGAAGCUGCAGACGUACGAGAGAAGAUGAUCAUCUUUAACGGCUUCCUGCUCUUCUCAAACACAUAA